GUAUAACGCAUAACACUUAGCGUGAAAAAUGGCGGCGAAUAUCUACGGAAUUUUCCGCGAAAAUUUGCAAAAUGCUAUUCUUAAAAGUAAAGUUCUUGUGGUUGGUGCAGGAGGAAUCGGUUGCGAAAUCUUGAAAAAUCUUGUAAUGACUGGUUUUAGUGAUAUUGAAAUUAUUGAUUUGGAUACUAUUGAUGUAAGUAAUUUAAAUAGACAAUUUUUAUUUCAAAAAAAACACGUGGGAAAAUCUAAAGCCGAAGUAGCAAAAGAAACCGCUUUAACUUUUAACCCUAAUGCCAAAAUAAUUCAUUAUCAUGAUAGUAUUACUUCAUCAGAAUUUGGAUUAUCCUUCUUUAAAAAAUUCUCUUUAGUUAUGAAUGCCCUUGAUAAUAGAGCAGCAAGAAAUCAUGUAAACCGUAUGUGUUUGGCAGCUGACGUACCAUUAAUAGAAUCUGGAACAGCAGGUUAUGAAGGACAGGUAGAAUUGAUUAAGAAAGGUUUAAGUCAAUGUUAUGAAUGCACUCCUAAAGCAGCACAGAAAACAUUUCCAGGGUGUACAAUACGUAAUACACCUAGUGAACCAAUACAUUGUAUUGUAUGGGCAAAGCAUCUUUUUAAUCAGUUAUUUGGCGAAGAAGAUCCUGAUCAAGAUGUUUCACCAGAUACUGCAGAUCCUGAAGCUACUGAUACAGCUGCACAAGUUAGUUUAGAAACAGAAUCAAGUAGUAAAGGAAACGUUGAUCGUGUCUCAACACGAUCUUGGGCACAAUCAUGUGAUUAUGAUUCCAAAAAAUUAUUUACAAAAUUUUUUCAUGAUGAUAUUAAAUACCUACUCAGUAUGGAAAAUUUAUGGAAAAAAAGAAGGCCUCCAAUACCUUUAGAUUGGUCAAAUUUACCUGAUGGAGUACCUGGAUCCAGUAAAGAAAUAUCUGAGCCUGGAUUAAAAGAUCAACAACGUUGGAGUAUUGCUAAAUGUGGAACUAUUUUUGCUGAAGCCAUAAAUAAUUUAAGCAAAAGCUUAAAAUCUAAUCAAGAAACAACACCAAAUAAUCAUCUCAUAUGGGAUAAAGAUGAUCAACAUGCUAUGGAUUUUGUUGCAGCGUGUGCUAAUAUUCGAGCUUAUAUUUUUGGAAUACCACAAAAGACAAGAUUUGAUAUCAAGUCAAUGGCAGGAAAUAUAAUUCCAGCGAUAGCAACUACAAAUGCCAUCAUUGCUGGAUUAGUCGUUCUACAUGCAUUUUAUAUUCUUGAAAAUAAAUUAAAAGAAUGUAGAUCAGUAUACUUGCGUUUAAAAAUGAACCAUAGAAAUCAAUUAUUAGUACCAGAAAAAAAUGUUAAUCCUCCGAAUCCUAAAUGUUACGUGUGUGCUCCUACGCCGCAAGCUGUAUUAGCUGCAGAUACAUCCAAAAUGACAAUUAAAGAACUUGAUGAGUUAGUAUUGAAAAGUAGACUUAAUAUGAUUGCUCCGGAUGUUAUAAUAGAUGGCAAAGGUAUAGUCGUUAUUAGUAGUGAAGAAGGGGAGACUGAAGAAAACAAUAAUAAAAUUCUAGAAGAAUUUGGAAUAAAAGAUGGUACAAUUUUAAAAGUCGAUGAUUUUCAUCAAAAUUAUUCAUUAACUAUCACAAUAAUGCAUCGAGAACGACCUUCUAUAAAGGAUGAAAGUCCAGAGUUUUUGAUACUAGCAAACGAAGAAGAUCUUAUGCCAAAAGAAGAAAAUAAUGAUUCUGAAAAACCAUCGACUUCAAAUGGCAAGAUUGAGAACUCAUCUGAAGAUUCUAUAAUGAUUGUAGAAACAGAAGUUAAUCCUGCAUUAUAUACAGAUACAGUUAAGAAACGCAAAAUUGAUAUAACCGAAAAUGAUAUCCUCCUAAAAAAGCGAAAAUUGGAUGUUAAUAAUGGAGAAGAUGUUUCUAUCAUAGAAGAUAAUGCAACUGAUGUUUCUGCCGAAAAGAAAACAUCAUGCACAACAAAGUGUAAGUCUUCCACGGAUGAUGAUUGUAUGAUUGUAUAUGAUGAAAGUACUGAGACAACUUAAAAAAAAUAUAUAAAAAGAGUUCAUAAUGAUAAGAUAUGUCGUAAGAUAAAUAAACAUAAUCACAGUAAUAGGUAAAUAUCAAUUUUCUUUUUUAUAUUUUAUUUAAAAUAUAUAGAAGUAAGGUUGAAUGAUGUGUCGAAUUUAUAUACAACUAGAUGUCAAAAAUCAAUCAAUAACAUAUGUGUAUAUGUUUAAAUAUAAAGAAACUCAUUUAAUUUUCUAAAAUUUAUAAAAAUAUAAUUCUAUUCAUACAUUUUAGUUAACUUAAAUAUCUAAAUUAAUACAGAUUACGUGUUGUUUUGUUAAUAUUUAUAACAUAGAAGUUAAAUUAAUUAAUCUUUUAGAUCAUUUCUUGUCUAUCUUCAUUUUUGUAUUUGCGUCGUAAAAUGUAGAAUGAUUCUUGUAUUCAUAAUUAAAAAAAUGUAUAAGAAAUAAAUAUUUUUUGCAUAUUUUAAUUCUUAUAUCUUAGUAAUUUCUGAUUUACAUAGUAAGUACUUAUCCAAAUCAUAAUUAUACAUUUCAAAAUCUAUUUUAUAUCUUUCAUGUAAUUUUAGAAUAGUGUUAUGUGUCAAAUUUUGAAAAUAUUUACAAGUCAGUUUGAAAUCAGUACAUCCUCCUUUACUUUGUUCCAAAUUUGGUAAAUCCAUGUUGUUUUUAUCUAUCCCAAAUUUGGAAAAAAUGUAAUUAAUCUGAUCGAAAGUAUAGUAAUCUAAUUUUAAAAUAAAACUAUAAUUUAUAUUACAAAGAGCACAAUGGGUAUAAUAUUGAUCCCAAUGUACAUCAUCGUGUUUAGGCGAUUCCUGUAAUAGCCACUCUAUAAAUUCUUUAAAUGUAGGUACUAUUUGUAAUCUGUAAAACAUAAAUUAAUUAUUAAUUAAUGAUAAUAUAAUUUUUGUAAUUUCGUUAUAAUCUUAAUGCUAUAAAUUUACCUUUUAUCACGUGUAAAUAUUUUUUGGAAGAAACUACCAGUUGUUUUAUUAGAACGAAAUAAAUUUGGUCUUGUAAAAUGAUAUAUUUUUUUGGUAUAUAUCCAAGCUUGAUCAGUAUAUUUUGUAUUAUCUUCUAUUCGAUCUCUAUAAACAUUGUAUUCUUAUAUGGAAAAAUAAAAUAUUAAAAUAUUCUCUUAAUAACAUAAAAAAAUUACCUAUAUGAUGAAACAAGCCUUUCAAAUGGAUGUCUUACAACUAAUAAUUUAAAUAUAUUUGAAUCAUUAGUCAAAUGUUGUAACUCUUUUGAACUAUGAGGUGUUAAAGAGUUCAUAUUUCUAAAAAUGUCAUAUAAAUUAUAAUAUUUAAUUUAAUAAAAAAGACAGUAUAGAGAUAAAUAAAUUGUAAUAGUUUUUAAAAAACCUAUGUUCUUGUAUAUUAGAGAAUAAUGUUGUAAAACUAGUAGAUGCAACCUUCCUGAUCCAACAAUAUAAUGAUUUAUGUUUAGGACUAUAUAAGAAAUGUUUUUUUACUAAUGGAGUUUUCAAAUUAUAUUUUAUACAUGUAUUUGAAAUUUGUUUAAGUAAUAAUCCAUUUUCCUGUUUGAAGUAAUAAAAAAUUUAACAUGUACAA